CAGGCGCGGGGCAGGGGCGGGAGGGAGGCUGCGAGGCAGGGCCUGCGCCUCGUCACGUUGCCCGUCCUCAGCCCGUCCUCGUCCUCCCACCAUGGACCCCCGCAAAGUCAGCGAGCUGCAGGCCUUCGUCAAGCUGUGCAAGCAGGACCCGGCCCUCCUGCACGCCCAGGAGCUGCGCUUCCUUCGCGAAUGGGUGGAAAGCAUGGGUGGCACGAUACCGCCUGCUCCUCCUAGGUUUUCAUCGGGAGAAAAAGUCAAGGAGGAGAAAAAGGAGGAGAAAAAGCCGGAGGAACAAGUUAAAGCUGAAGAACCCCAGAGUGAGGAAAGUGACCUAGAAAUUGAUAAUGAGGGCGUGAUUGAACCAGACACAGAUGAUCCCCAAGAAAUGGGUGAUGAAAAUGCCGAGGUGACAGAUGAGAUGAUGGAUCAGGCCAAUGAAAAGAAGGGCGCAGCCAUCGAUGCCUUAAAUGCUGGGGAACUUCAGAAGGCCAUCGACUUGUUCACAGACGCCAUCAAGCUGAAUCCUCGGUUGGCCAUUUUGUACGCCAAGAGAGCAAGUGUCUUCGUGAAACUGCAGAAACCCAAUGCUGCCAUCAGAGACUGUGACCGGGCAAUAGACAUAAACCCUGAUUCAGCACAGCCCUACAAGUGGCGAGGAAAAGCACACAGACUCCUAGGCCACUGGGAGGAAGCAGCUCAUGACCUUGCCAUGGCUUGCAAAUUGGACUAUGACGACGAUGCCAGUACCAUGUUGAAGGAAGUUCAACCCAGGGCCCAAAAGAUUGCUGAACACCGGAGGAAAUAUGAGCGAAAACGUGAGGAGCGAGAAGUCAAAGAGAGGAUAGAGCGUGUGAAGAAGGCCAGGGAAGAGCAUGAGAGAGCCCAGAGGGAGGAAGAAGCCCGGAGACAGGCAGGAGCUCAAUUUGGCGGUUUCCCAGGUGGUUUUCCUGGUGGCUUCCCUGGAGGGAUGGCAGGAGGCAUGCCGGGAAUGGCAGGAGGCAUGCCGGGAAUGGCAGGAAUGGCAGGAAUGCCCGGGCUGAAUGAAAUUCUUAGUGACCCGGAAGUUCUAGCAGCCAUGCAGGAUCCAGAAGUUAUGGUGGCUUUCCAGGAUGUGGCCCAGAACCCGGCAAACAUGUCAAAAUAUCAGAACAACCCCAAGGUCAUGAAUCUGAUCAGCAAAUUGUCAGCCAAAUUUGGAGGUCAACCAUAAUUCCCUUUUUAAUAAAGUCUUUAU